GAGACGGAUUCGAUAUUUCUGAUUUUAGAGAAUGUAUAUAUGGGGCUAGAAAUAUCCUCUUGAAAUACUAUUAUCCAGAAGCUCCUUCAUCUCCAAGUUCCAAUAUCACUUCAUUUGACUCUCUUAGUCUUUACACUCAAAAUCCAUUCAAUAUCCACCUCAUCAUCAUCAAAAUGGCUUCAUCCUCCUCCAAAUCCACAUCCACAUCCUCUCCAAAACCCUACAUUGCACUCUCCGCCCAGAAGAAAGCUGCACAGCGUUCCCUCAUACCCAAAGAAUGGCGACUUUCCACCGAGAAAUACCAAAGCAUGUCCAACGUGAUGGAAGUCCCGCUUAGCUGCGGGCUUUUGGACGAGAAUGAAUAUCAAAUCACUUCCGACUACGACGCCACUGCACUUCUUGGAUUGUUGAAGAAGGGAGUCUUUACGGCAGAGCAAGUGACCAUUGCGUUUUGCAAAAGAGCUGCGAUUGCUCAUCAAUUGACAAACUGUCUGACCGAAAUAUUUUUCUCCGCAGCAAUCGAAAGAGCCAAGAUGCUCGAUCUCCAAUACGCCUACUCAAAAUCAACCGGCAAACCUCUUCCUCCCCUAUUCGGCCUACCCAUUUCCCUCAAAGAUAGUUUUGAUGUCGCCGGGUACGACACCUCAACUGGACUAGGCUGUUAUGUAAAUUCUCCCGCUUCGGAAAAUAGCGCACUGGCUGCUAUGCUUCUCGAUUUAGGUGCAGUUCUAUACUGCAAAACCAAUCUUCCCCAAUCAAUCAUGACAGGAGAUAGUCACAACAACAUCUUCGGACGAACAUUGAAUCCACGGAAUAAAUCGCUAACAGCAGGUGGAAGUACUGGGGGCGAAGGUGCACUCCUUGCUCUUCGAGGCAGUAUUUUAGGUGUUGGAACGGAUAUCGGUGGAAGUAUUCGUGUUCCAUCGGUAUGUAAUGGUAUUUAUGGAUUUAGACCUAGUGUAGGGUUGAUUCCUCAUGGCGGCGUAAAAGAUCUUACUCCGUCAGGGACAGAUGGUGUUAAGUCAACUGUCGGACCAAUGGCGACUUCACUCCGGGAUUGCGAACUACUUCUUAAAUCAAUACUUCAAGCAGAUACCUGGAAGUAUGAUAGUACUGCGAUUUCGGUUCCAUGGCUAGAAUUCAAGCCCACAUAUAAACUCCGAAUUGGUGUUGCUCAAAAUGAUGGAGCCUUUACUCCAUCACCCCCAGUUCGACGCGCUUUAAAGCAAGCGGUUGAUCUCCUCAGUGACAACAGCAACGUUGAAAUUAUCUCUAUUGAUUUACCUGACGUCACAUCGAUCUACCAAGAUUUCAUCAGCUAUAUGACACUAUCAGGAAGUGAUUACUAUGUAGAACAGUUCGAGCGAACAGGAGAGCCAGCGAUCCCAUCCCUAGCAAAAACCGGCCUUCUAUCAGUGCCAGGAACGACUUUACAAAGCUACUUCGAAUUGAAUGACCGACGAGCACAGACCGCGAAAAUGUAUCUCAAGCUAUUUUGCGAUAACAAUUUAGACGUAAUUCUAAUGCCUUCUGCAGCGCACACUGCAGUUCCAUUGGACUGUUGGUCGAGAGUGGCAUAUACGUGCUUGUGGAAUUAUCUUGAUUAUCCAGCCGUUGUGAUCCCGGUAGAUCAAGUGCAAGACACAGACUUGGCUGAUGAUUUGAGUAACGCCAAGUUUGGCCCAGAUGAUGAACAGAUUUAUAGAUUGUACACCGGCCCCGAACAGUACAAGGAUGCACCAGUUUGUGUGCAGCUUGUGGGAUAUAGACACAAAGAUGAAGCUUUGCUGAAGGCUGCAGCUACGUUGGACUCGAUCAUAAACAAGGUGUAGAGUAGUAAAAUAGGCCAUGAGGUUUUUCGACCAUUAGAACUGUUAGAAUAUUUAUGAAUGUUUCUAUGAAGCUCAAAAUUUUGAAUCUCUCA